AUGGUUGUUGUUUCUGCUUCCAAGGCUAAGAGAGACGCCAAGAAGGCCGAAAGAGCUGCUAAGAAGGACAAGAAGGGAACUGGUACCUCGACCCCUGCUGACUCUGAAAAUGGAUCAGCUGCCACUUCUGAUUCUGAAGCUGUCAAUGAGAAGCUCCAAAAGUUAAAAUUACAAGAAGACAAGCAUGGAAUUUCCGACCGUGUGACCACUGGUGUUUUGGCCAGUUUGCCCACUUCUCGUGAUUUAAAGAUUGAUGCUGUUUCCCUCGUGUUCCACGGUAAGGUCCUUUUGGCCGACUCUGUUCUUGAGUUGAAUUACGGUCGUAGAUACGGUUUGUUGGGUGAGAACGGAUGUGGUAAAUCGACUUUCUUGAAGUCUAUCUUUGCCAGAGAAUAUCCUGUUCCUGAGAGUAUUGAUAUUUACUUGUUGAACGAACCAGCAGAGCCCUCUGAGUUCUCUGCUCUUGAGUGGGUUGUCAAUGAGGCUGAAAAUGAAUUGAAGAGACUUGAGGCACAAGUUGAAGAGACCAUUGAGAAGGACGGUCCUGAGUCACCUACCUUGGAGGACUUGUACGAGAGAAUCGACGAGAUGGAUCCUGCUACUUUCGAAUCCAGAGCUGCUGUUAUCCUUACAGGUCUUGGUUUCAAUGCUAAGACCAUUACCAAGAAGACCAAGGAUAUGUCUGGUGGUUGGAAAAUGCGUGUGGCCCUUGCUAAGGCCCUUUUCGUCAAGCCUACUCUAUUAUUAUUGGAUGACCCCACUGCCCAUUUGGAUUUGGAGGCCUGUGUUUGGUUAGAAGAGUACCUUAAGAGAUGGGAUCGUACUCUUGUUUUGGUUUCCCACUCCAUGGAUUUCCUUAACGGUGUUUGUACCAACAUGGUUGAUAUGAGAGGUACUAAGCUUGUCGCAUACGGUGGUAACUACGAUACUUAUAUCAAGACCAGAGCUGAAUUAGAAACAAACCAAAUGAAACAAUAUUACAAGCAACAAGACGAAAUCGCCCACAUCAAGAAAUUCAUUGCAUCGGCUGGUACUUAUGCAAACUUGGUUAGACAAGCCAAGUCCAGACAAAAGAUUCUCGACAAGAUGGAGGACGAGGGUCUUAUCGAAAAGGUUGUCCCUGAUAAGGUAUUUUCCUUCAGAUUCCCAGAUGUUGAAAAGUUGCCUCCUCCAGUUCUGUCAUUUGACGAUGUUUCAUUCUCCUACUCUGGCAACCCUGAAGACAACUUGUAUGAAAACCUCAACUUCGGUGUUGAUAUGGACUCUCGUAUUGCUUUGGUUGGACCCAAUGGUGUUGGUAAAUCCACCCUUCUUAAGCUUAUGACUGGUGCUUUAAGCCCCACUGGUGGUAGAGUAUCAAGACACACUCACUUGAAGAUUGGUGUCUACUCACAGCACUCUGCCGAUCAACUUGAUCUUACUAAGAGCUCUUUGGAGUUUGUUCGUGAUAAGUUUUCUCACAUUUCCCAAGAUUUCCAAUACUGGCGUGGACAGCUCGGCCGUUACGGUCUUACUGGUGAAGGCCAAACUGCCCUUAUGGGUACCUUGUCCGAAGGUCAAAGAUCCCGUGUUGUUUUCGCCCUUUUGGCCAUUGAGGCUCCUAACAUGAUCUUAUUGGACGAACCUACAAACGGUUUGGAUAUUCCCACCAUUGACUCUCUUGCCGAUGCUAUCAAUGCUUUCUCCGGCGGUGUCGUUGUCGUGUCGCACGAUUUCCGUCUUCUCGACAAGGUUGCCAAAGAUAUUUAUGUUUGUGAGAACAGAACUGCUACCAGAUGGGAUGCUUCUAUCUUGGCUUAUAAGAGUAAGCUUGCCAAGAAUGUUGUACUCUAA